UUGUAUCAAAAUCCAGAAUCGAAUCCAAACCUCGGCGGCACCAAAGACGAAAGACGAACGACAGUUGCAUUGGACCAGAUCAACCAACUGCAGCGACGAUGACGAACCCCGGAACGAAGCGUGCUUGCCUUGACGACGACAAUGACACAAAAAUGACAUCUGCAGCUGACCGAGAAGUGAAGCGUUCCAGCGUGGACCAGGAGAAGCCAGCUGCUUCUGGGGAUCUUCUUCGCUUGGCUACAAAAGAAAUUUGGAUCCAACGAAUCUUUUCCUUUGUCGGCAUGGGCCACUUUGCCUUUGUGGCACCUGUCAGCAAGCAGAUGAAGGCCCUGUACACAGAGUACUGUGGAACUGUCAAGAUCCCUCCAGUGGUUGUUGAAAUUUGGUAUCCUGAAAAGCGUACACGCGCAGCAGGGAUCGCUGACACGAUCUACAGCGCAGCAUUUUACAAUUUGCAAUGUGCAGAAUACUGGUAUGACGACUGGAACAAAUCAGAUGAUGGCAUACAUCAAGACUUUGUUUGUGAAGUCAUCGCCAAAGUGGGAAGUCUUGCAGUUCUCCGAUGGGCCCGAGAAACCAAAGAAUUUUCGUGGGAUCCGGACACAUGUGGAUAUGCAGCAGGAGAUGGACAUUUGGAGGUCCUGAAAUAUGCCCAUGAGAAUGGCUGUCUGUGGGACGCUCUGACAUGCAGCUAUGCUGCUGAGGGUGGACAUUUGGAAGUCCUGAAGUAUGCCCAUGAAAAUGGCUGCCCUUGGGAUGAAGGCACAUGCGACGAAGCUGCAACAUAUGGCCGUUUGGAAAUCCUGCAGUAUGCCCAUGAAAAUGGCUGUCCAUGGAAUGAGCAAACAUGGGUCUGCGGUGCAAACGGUGGCAAUCAGGAAGUGAUGCGUUAUCUUAUGGAGAACCACUGCCCCGGUUUCGAAGAUUCCUCUGUCUUGUGAGGAGGAUUAGAAAAACUAACUAUCUUUAACUGUAACUUUAUUGAUAGCACUUUGCUACCGUACCGGUACUAGCUCGUACAGCCACAGCCAUGCUGGUACCGGUACGGUAGGACAUGAGCUGAAAAUAUUGUGGUCUGGCACAUGCGGCGACUAAUGCUGGUACUGUACAGUAGGACAUGAGAUGGAAAUUCUUGUGGUCUGGCGCAUGCAG